UCCCUCUUUCUCCUGGCCAUUUUGCGUGCAUUUCCCCCAAGCCCAGAACAGAAAAAAACAGCAAAGCAAAACCAGAAAAGGAAAAAAAUAAAAAUUAAAAACACAAAAAACCCAGUUUUCUCAAACCCUAUUGUUCAUCAUCAUAACAAAGAGAAAACUCAAAAUACAAUAGUUUUUGCUGCAAAAACCCAUUCUUUCCUAAUUGUUUUUCAUGUUAUAUUGGUUGAGAUCUUAUCCCUCAUAAAAAGGGCUUUCAAAUCGGAUCAGUGACUGGGGGAAAGCGCCAAGUAAUUUUCGGGUUUGAUCAGCAUAUUGGAACUUUCUCAGUGUUGAAUUCAGCUUUUUGUUGAGUAAUUUACAGCUCCAGAUCGGAGGGAAAAUAUGGUCUUUGGUGGAUAUUUGAGGUUGGGAAUUGAAUGAUAGAGAUUAGGGUAUGGAAGAGGACUGUAUGUACUACUAGAGACCGGGAACUACUGAAGCAAAGGAAAAAGAAAAGGAGGUUUUCGAGCUUUUCAGGUGAAAAGGGGAUCGCGUUUUUCGUCAUUUUUUGUUUAGGCUUAAUAGUGUAGGGAAUGUUUAUGUUAUUUGCAUUUGGAAUUGAUAUGCAAGAGGUGAUGUUUGUAAAGUUUUGGUUUUGCAGACAAGAAAAAGGAUCAGAUUUCUUUGGAAAAGGAAAAUCAUUUGGUUUGACAUAGUUCUUGAAAGGCUUUUGUGGUGGUUUUUCGUGUUUUAACUCGGUCGUCUUAGAUUUAGAGUAUAUUGAAAGGAGUUUCAGAUUACUCUGUUGAUCACAUUGGGAUAUUUGAAGUGAAGAGCUAGUCUAAUUAAGUUGGUUUUGGCUGUUGGUUGGUUUUUGGACUGAUUUGAGUUAAAAGGAUUAAAUGGAGGUGCAUUGAAGCUGGAAAGUAAUGUGGGGUCAUGGUGAAUGGACAGAAGUCUAGUUGCUUGUUACUGGAACACUGCUGUGAGAAAGUAACUGAAGGACACUGUUUCCGAAACAGCGCCUUUUUAACUCAGAGUAGAAUUCUGUGCCAUGUCGCGUUGCUUUCCAUUUCCACCACCAGGAUAUGAUAAGAAGCCUAGACCAGAGGACAGGGACUUAUUAAAAGAGGAGAAACGGAAAGAGAAAAAACAUAAAAAGGAAAAGGACAAAGAUAAGAAAGAAGGUAAAGAAAAAAGGGAUAAAGACAGAAGUGAUGGGAAACACAGAGAAAAGGACAAAAAGGAUAAACACCGGGACAAGAAGGAAAAACACAAGGACAAAAAGAAGGACAAGGAUAAGGAUAAAGAGAGAAGCGACAUCUCUGAAGAGGCAAAAGUUGCUGUUCCACCUGGGGCUUCUAGCGGACAGAAGCUUCCUAGUGGAGACGAACAUUUCAAAAAUGAAAGCAUCAACUCACAGGAAGCGAAAUUCCAUGAUCAGUCUCAUGGCCAGCUUGCUGAAAAGCUCUUUAAAUCCAGCCUCCCCAUUGUUGAGACAGAGGAGUCAAAAUAUGUGCAGGAUUUGGCUAGGAGGCUUAGAGAUGACCAGAAUGGCGCAGUCAGUCAGUUGGCUGAGAGAUUUCCAGUUGAGUCGAAAAGGGAUGCGAAGUCAAACAGUAUGUAUAUCAAGGAUUCGGGUAAUUUGGCUAGAGAAAAGGAAAAGAACAAGGAGAGAAGUGAUUUUAGCAACAAGAUGGAUGGACAUCAAGUCAGAGUUGAACCGAGAAUUGGUGCUAAUGCAAAACUUCCGAGCUUUUCAGAGAUGGAAAAUAGAAACUUUCAUGGAUUGCUACCACCAUUGGAAGAGAAUGUUGAGAACAGGAGACAGGACAAAGAGAAAUCCAAAGGAAGACGAGAUGACAAACCAAGAGACAAGAAGAAGAAAAAAGAAAAGGAUGCGAAAAGUCAUGGAAAGGAUAAAGAAAAGAAAAAGGAAGAGAAGGGGAAGGACAAAAGUGCACACAAGAAAAGUGAAAAGGAUAAAUCAAAGGACAUCAAUCAAAGCACUUCUCUCAGUGUUAGUAACACCAACCACCAAGUUCCAGUUGUACUCAAGGAUACCAUUGCUGGAGUCACAGAGGGAAAUCACAGAAAAAGAAAGGAUAUUGAAACAAACGGUUUCUUGCAUGAGAAUGAAGUCAGGCCUGCUAAAUUGCUGCGGCCCUCAUCCUCUCAUCAGCCCACACUGAAUGGAAAGAGAUUAGAGAAUCACCAAAAAGCAGUCAUGUUAUCUUCCAACAAACAAGGUGUUGUCACCAAUAUUCAGGUGAUAAACAAGGAGCAGAGUCUCAAUGGUACAAGUAAGUUGUCCAACAAGCACGGAGUUGGCACUGAUAUUGAGAUGGGAAACAUGGAAACUCACAAAAAAACAGACAUGUUAUCUUCCCACAGAGAAGGUGUUGCCACCGUCACUCAGGUGAUAAACAAGGAGAAGAGUCUCAAUGGUACAUUUAAGUUAUCCAACAAGAACGGAGUUGCCACUGAUAUUGAGAUGGCAAACAUGGAGACUCACCAAAAAACAGACAUGUUAUCUUCCCACAAACAAGGUGUUACUACCGAUAUUCAGGUGAUAAACAAGGAGCAGAGUCUCAAUGGUACAAUUAAGUUUUCCAACAAGCACAGAGUUGCCACUGAUAUUGAGAUGGGAAACAAGGAGCGUGGGGUUAAUGGUACAAUUAAGUUACCCAACAAGCACGGAGUUGCCACUGAUAUCGAGGUUGGAAACAGGGAGCGCAGGGUCAAUGGUACAAUUAAAGGUCAGCCAUUAACUAUGUCUAAACGAAAGACAUUGGCUCAAUCUAAACCAAAGGCUUCUUCCAUGUCUCCUGGUGCUGAUCAUAUUGCUCAAGCGUCUAAAAGACCUCCUCAUCCCGAUUCCAAGUAUCUGAACCAGAUACUCUCAGUUCCCAAGAUGGACGAGUGGUCUGGAUUUUAUGACCAGGAAUGGUUGCUUGGAAGCAAGAGUACUCUGGUUAGGAAACCCGACGUGUGUCUUGAUGAAGUUAAGGACCAUCAGGUAUGGUCAGAAGCUUUGCAAAUAGACUCUGCUGAUGUUUUUGCUCUCCCAUACGUAAUACCUUAUUGACUGCUGUUGACAUGAUGAGUUUCCAAGGACCAAGCUAAGCUAUUUGGCUCGGAGAUGCCCAUGCUGGGCUCUCGAUUGGAUUCUUUCUCACUUCCUACUCUGAUGGCUGCUUCUAGUUCUGAUAUUGACUCAAGAGUUAGGUACAUCAAUCACCAUUGCUGUUCUUUUUCGCCGGCUUGACACAGAAGCCAUUUGUUGCCAUGUACUUGAACAUUUAACUGUUACAGCCCCAGAUGAAACUAACCUUUGUGUGUAGGAAGUUGCAUGCAUAAAAGCUUAGAUGCCAUUCUAAUUGUGAGUGUAAACAAACUAGUACUUGUGGUCUUUACAACUCCACACAAAUUUUGAUUUUGUAAUAUAGAACUCUGCUACAUUGUAAGAUAAGAGGGGGGCAAAAGGAAGAAAAAAAGAAGAAGUAGCAGCUGAAUUCAUUUUAAUUUAU